GAGUCGCAAGUCACCUCCGCUCACCUCACGGCGCGUUCGACUUCAGUUCGCGCUCGAGUCGUGCACCACGGAACACGCGAGAGUCAGCCGGGCCGGCUGCCGCGACCGAGUUGGACGCACGCGCCCGACCAGCUAUCGAUAGAGAUCAACGAUAGACAAGCCUGCACGUUUCGACCUGAAUCACGUAGGCUAUAGAUCGAUUGACGUGAAAUUAAAACGGUUAGAUAAAAAAGAAUCGUAAUUAGAUCGGUAAACGCGUAAUAUACACAGAACUAUAAGCACGAUAUAUGAAAUUGCUUGUUCAAUUUUGUCAGGAUAACGAUUUCUUAUUAGAGGAAUUAGGAGCGCGAAUAGUGGCGUGAAUCUCGUGACAACCGGUUAAAUCAACGUGCAACGCACUUAAAAUUACCGACGCUGUUAUAUUAUGUCACACUCCCACACGAGCGACGGCCGCCGCUACCGGCGCGACGGUAUACCGAGCUAACGUUGCGUCGUUUGACAUUUCCAUGAGCGUGGAGCGGUUAACGCGAACCCAGUGUUCGUGUCUUAGAUCGUGCUGCUGUUCAUGCACGCAUCGGUCGAAUCAGUGUUAUGCUACGUUACGAUCACCUCGUCAUACUCAUCGUCGUCAUUGUCGUGAUCGUUGUCAACGUGACGAGCCUCGUGGUACUAUACUCGUGCAAUCUAACGAGAGUCCUUAUUCAGUGACUUAUCUAGUGCUCCACAAUUAGAAGAUUGUCUUAGUGUUUUCCAACCGUGUACGUAAAUGCGUACAAACGCGUGACAUGCGUAUCUGUCAAGAUAUCCCUAUAUAUCACUGAUCACUAUCGUGAAAUCGUGAAAGAAAUCAUCGAUAUCCGAGACGGUAUUUCGGAUGAAAGACUUUCCUGAUAUUUCCUUCAAAUCAAGAUAGUGAUAUUUCUCGAGCCGCCUGUGAGAAAUCAGAAGAUUCAACGCAAAUCAAAAGGAAAUUGUACAUCCAAAGAAUAUCGAGGAAAUUAGAAGGAUCCUAUGCUAGAGGAGAAGAAUCGUCGAUUUUGUUUUCUUGAUGAUCGACAUCGAUUCGAGUGCAAUAAUCGAAGUUUCGAGAUGAAAAAUGGACGACAGUCGCGCAAGUGUGUUUCGUUUACGUUUCUUCAAUUCGUUCGUGAUCGAUGAAACGAGUAAGUGAAUCGGAUAUAUUCGGUUAUUAAAGAAACGGAGGACCAAUAAGAGAACAGUGUCAUAACGCGUGUGAAAUGGAUGGUACGCCAAAGAAAAUCGAAGCAGUGUUAAUAUAUGGAUGCCCAUGGGUGGAAUUUGGCCGAAAUGUGCCAGCGUUACCAUCACGCUGUACCGGCAGCUCAAAAUUCUUCGCCAGCUAGGGAUCCCUCGGCUGCCAUUGUGCAAGGCUUGUCAACGGCUACGCACAUCGAUCAGGCUAGCCCUUCUUAUUCCCAUUACACGAUGCUGGAUAAUUAUGACAGGGGUGAGGUGACACCACCGCCAGUGAGCAGUUAUGGCGGUUCCCCUGGACUCUUGGCACUUCAUUCCUCGCUUUAUGCGACACCUACGUCGAGGGCCUACGAUAUCGAGUCGAACAUCGAUGGCAACGACAGUUCCAUGCCCAUCGAUACCCAAAUCAUCUCGAUACCGGGAAUGUUGAGCGGACCAGCGCAGCAACGAUUGGAGGACAUGUCUUGGCUCGCUUCCGGUCCGUCGUUGGAGUAUCAACAAGGAAUCUCGCCGAUUCCCGCAGGAGUGAAGAUGUGCCAUCCAGGCAGCACGGCCCAGAGGAGCCUGAAGGAGCAGCGGAUACGUCGCCCGAUGAACGCGUUCAUGGUCUGGGCAAAGGUCGAGCGCAAAAAAUUGGCCGACGAGAAUCCUGAUCUCCACAACGCCGAUCUCAGUAAGAUGCUCGGAAAGAAAUGGCGAGGGUUGACCCCGCAGGACAGAAGGCCGUACGUCGAGGAAGCCGAGAGGCUGAGGGUCAUACACAUGCAGGAACAUCCGAACUACAAGUACAGACCACGGCGCAGGAAACACGCGAAACGGGCCCCAGGAGCGCCCUCUUCUCCUCCAUCGGCGACCAAUACCACGACCAAUAGGUCCAACCCCUCUGGUACCACGAUUCAUCAUUCCAUGUCUAAGAUGGACAGUUAUCAAGGCAUUCCUCAGAUCCCGUGGGGCGGCCAUUCCCCGAUCUCAUCCCUGUAUCACCAGCAGCAACAGCAAGGUAUCCAGGAGUACAAAUCGGAGAGCAAUUCCUUGUACGGUAGUCCUUAUACGCCUAUCAUUCACUCACCGGACAUAUCUCCAGUUGCCAGUCCCGAGCCAGAUGGUGACGGAACGCAUUUGCCAUCAAACCAAAAUCCAGAUCCUGAACGAGAUCUGAUGGAGGGUUCGUCGAAGCAGCAUAGCGAAAUAAGCGAGCAAACGAAACGGUACACUUUCAUGAGUACCGAUAAUCAGUUGCACACGGGUCAUGCUGGUGGUACUAGCAUAUCGUCGUGUCAGAAUUCUGGUGCUUACACAGAUACUCUGACUUACAAAAAAUCAGUGAGUUACUUAAAUUUCGAGAGACAGCCGUCGAGCAUAGCCGCGGUCGGUAUAGCGAAUGGGAUGAUGGUGUCGUGUAAUAAAUUACGCUCCGGAUUUGAGAAUGUUGGCUCUGUGACGGGGACUUUUUAUCCGCCGGUCGCAUCCCCGCACGAUCAAUCGUUGCAGCACUAUACGAGCACCCAAUCCUCAAAGACUGCCAACUAUUCGAUGCAGUCCUCCGUCGAAAGCAACUAUAAUCCUGUUCAGUGUGCCAAUCGACAACAGUCUAUGGGGAUACGCGGAGCCGCCGAAGGUUGUUCCGGUGUAUCCCACCGAUACCAAAUGACUCAUCAUCAGGAAUAUCAAACGGAGGGAACUAGCGCCGGUCAACAGCAUCCAAUUCUGGGCCAUAUGGAGGCCGCAAUGGCCAGCACAGCGGAGGAGGAACAGCAACAGACGCUACAGCUGGAGAAGUACUUCAAGUAUUCUCAUCCGACGAGCGUAGCUCACACCAGCCUCACCUCGCAGAAUCUACUCGACAGCAAUCACAAUUACGCCAGUGAUCUGCGUUAUUAUACACCUCAACAGACUCAACUAGAUAUGUCGAACUCUCAGUGCAUCGUUGAUGAUCAGACCAAGGAUGCUCGAUGUUCAAACGUGGGUAUAGCUCAUGGGAUGGAGCAAUAUCAUCAGGCUAUGGACGUGGCAAAAUAUCCGGAACAUCAGCAACAGCAGCAGCAACAACAACAACAACAGCAGCCUCAACAGGCUCAACAGGCUCAACAGCCGCAGAAUAUCGAGCAUGUUUCCAAGGCGGAUGAUGAUUUCAGUGUAAUACUUGCAGAUGUGCGCAAAACUUGUUAUAGUAGCUAGUGUUUCGGAUAGAUCAGAAAUGUCUAGAAAAACACUGAGAUAUAUUUGAUAUUCGCCGUUCUAGUUUUGAUUUUACGAAGACCUUGAUGUUGAUUAUAGGUCUGAUCGAUGUGGAAGAUGGUCGUGCGGUUAUUGUCAUAGUAGAUGUCGCAAAUAUUGGUUACUUGAAGUUGAGCAAGGAUGAACCUUACUGUGUUGCAGCAGGACGAGAAUGAAAGAAAUGUGGUAAUGUUUAUCGCAAACGAGCGAUAAUCAAAUUUUUUGUUAAUUUUUUUAUUAAUAAAUAAUGCUAUAAAUAUCGAUAAUCCGGUAAAAAAAAAUAAAUCCCAUAGAUUUUUCGAAAAAAAUUUUCUAAAAAAGAUAAUAGAACUUUUUUUUAUUUCAAAACAAUUUGGGUUCUAUAAAAUACAUUAGAAUAGUAUUUUCUAACUUCUAUUAUUAAGUUGUGAACUCUUCAUAAGGUAAGAAAAAUUAAUUUAUUGGAAUUCUAAACUUUUAACCAAUAAUAUAUAUAUUUCUAUUUAAUUAUCAGAAUUCUAAUUUAACUUUUUUUUAAAUUCUUGAAUUUUGUAGAAUUAUAUAAUUUCACACUUUUGUUCACAUGUACAUUCCAAAUGUACGAGGAAUAUGAAAAAAGAAAUAUUAGUUAUUUAAAAGCAAAAGUGCCUUUGAAUAUUUAAUACUUGUGGUGUCUACUAUGCUAAACAAUCUUCGACUUUAGAGAAAAUAUAGAAUUAUACGGUAAAAUGAUCUAAAUCUUUUUGAAACAGGCGAUUUAUCUCUUAUGGCUGUAGAGAAAAAGUUAGGUGCUAGCGUCUACGAAGAAUCCGGUGCUUAUACACAUUUUUGUACACACUUCCGGUGCUAAUGCUCUUGAUAACGAGAUAUAAUUAAGGUUGCAAGGAAUUGGUAAUAAAUUAAUUUUAGCAUAUUUAGUAUUUCUAUUUUCAAUGAGCAAUAUUAAGAAGACUACACGUACAUAUAUCUGUGAAUUUCUAUUUUCUUCUUCGAAAAGAGGUUAGAUGAACUAAUAGAAGAGAAAGUAUGGAACACAAUAAUUUGAACAUGUUUGCGUUAGGAACAAUUGUUAUUUGUUACAAACGACCUGGCAACUGUCAACGUGUCUGAUUUGAGGUAACGAAAAUAAAGUAGGAAGCAUUCUUGACUCUCCGGGUUUCGUUUAGCGAGCCAAAUAGUACGCAACACUUUCAAAAGCAUUUUUUCAUGGAUAUUUUUGAUGUUUAUUAUUUUAUCAUUGCUUAACUGCUAUUAGUUAUUAGUUGAGAAUCUAACCUUUACGCUUCGACAUUUAAAAAUCAGUAUACAAACAAUUAAUAUAAAAUCCAAUUUUAAUUUAUUAAUAUUUUUUUUAGUUAGAAAGAUUCUUAUUUAUGUUAGUAAUAUAAAAAUAUAAAUUAAAAAUUAAAAAAUUAUUUUU